CUUUUCAGCGCGACAUAGCAAAGCCAGAUGCGUGUCGCGAACCGACAUCCAGACGUAAGGAGCACAAUUUCAUCCGAUUCAGUAUUCCCCUGCUCGCAAUAGUAAGAAUAUAUAACAUCUUUAGUCCUAAGUGGUAAAAAGGACUCAUUAGACAGAUAUAAAAAGAAAUCCCCUCCGUUGUUCAUAGCCAUUGACACCACCUAUUCCUGCAUUACCCCAUGAGUUUUUUCCGAAGAAAACCGCCCCAGACGGCGAUGGACCAUCUCAGCAACCUCUACAAUGAGUUCAGCACCACAACUUUCGAAAACCUCACCCUCGAGGACCAGCACCGCCACGCAGAAGCGCUCCAGUGUUGGAAGAGCGCACACACAAACAUACUCUACAAGUUGGAGCACACCGAGAAGCUUUACCCGGUGUAUACUCUCUCGCCCGAAGAGUUUGAGGUUCUCGAGGAGAUAAAGGCCAUCCGUGACCAGAACGUCAAGCAUUUGGUACGUGUGCAGCUUCUCUGUGAGGAAGAUACCAGACGCGAGAGCGCACGCGACGGGCACGGUGGAGCGAGUACCCGUUCCUCCAACGCGCACAUGCCCAACCCUACCCUUCGCGGUGUGAGCACACCCGUGCGUGCGACCGGUGCGCAGCCCACCAAGAAGCUUAUGAUGAAGACGCUCCGCGGCCUGAAAGUGCACUUGAAUGACAGUGCGCACUCGCUUAACUCCGCGACGUCGCUCAAGGCCGCCAAUCUCAUCUGGAGCAAACCUCAGGCUAGCACUCCGUCGGAAAAUAAUCCCAGAAGUGAGACGUACGACCCGGCGUUUGACUCCUUCAGCCUGCUGCCCAACCUCGAGCCCGUGGCACUCCCGACGAAACCAGUUCGCCGUGUACAGAGCCCCGUUCACAAUGUGACUGCCCAGAUGGAUUCUCUCGAUCCAUAUAUACGGGUGUCUUCGGGUCCCAAGGCCGUUUCUCCUAAACCUGUUGCCAAAGCACCUCAAGCGACGUCUCAAACAUCGUUUCAGGCGAGAGGUGCGCUGACAAAACCACAGACCAGGACACAAACGAGACCACAGGCUCCGCCUACCCCUCAGGCUCCUACCAGAGCGCCUCCACAGAUAUUCCGGGCGGCAUCACCGGCCACGAGAGCAUCACCUCCGCCAGCGCAAAAACCGGCUCAGACUAAUGGCAGACCUGCCAUUCAGCCUGCGCUGAGCGCCAGGACUGUUGCCCAGGUCAAACCUGCGGCAAACGGCAGACCUGUCGCCCAGGCAACGACAAGCACGAGAACUAUUCCGAAAACCACACAGACCAGGCCAGCAGCAAAGUCUGCAACGGCGAAGCCUAUUUCCAGGCCUACUAAUGGCGCCAAACCUGCUACGGGUAAGACGUCUUCGCCUGCGCCGAGGGCUGCAGCCGUAUCGGCUCCAAAGCCGGCUUCAAAGCCCCCAGCCCCGCCGAUUCCGCCCAAGAGAGUUUCCGCGGUUUCAGCCAAAAAGGAAGAACAGUCCCCCGCGGAUCCCACCCCCCUUGACUAUUCCAACCUCAACGAAGAGCAAACCGAUACCUUCAUUGAGUCGCUCCGCGGGGUGGAUCCUACCGCCGCGAAACAGAUCCUCAACGAGAUCAUCGUGCGUGGCGACGAAGUCUACUGGGACGACAUCGCCGGACUUGAGGCGGCGAAAAACUCACUUAAGGAGACGGUGGUGUACCCGUUCUUACGGCCAGAUCUCUUUUCCGGACUCCGGGAGCCCGCACGUGGGAUGCUCCUCUUCGGACCGCCUGGUACCGGGAAGACGAUGCUUGCACGCGCCGUCGCAACUGAGUCGCAUUCGACGUUUUUCAGCAUCAGUGCUUCGAGUUUGACGUCUAAGUAUCUCGGUGAGUCAGAGAAACUCGUACGCGCGUUGUUCCAGAUCGCGAAGAAGCUCGCUCCGGCAAUUAUAUUUGUGGACGAGAUUGACUCGAUUUUAUCGUCACGGUCGGAUAACGAGAACGAGUCGUCGCGCCGGAUCAAGAAUGAGUUUUUGAUCCAGUGGUCUGAUCUCUCGUCUGCGACUGCGAACCACGACGAGGACGUGAGCCGUGUGUUGGUACUUGCGGCGACAAAUUUACCGUGGGCAAUCGACGAGGCCGCGCGGCGGCGAUUCGUACGACGCCAAUACAUCCCAUUACCGGAGGCUGAAACUCGCAAGGUACAGCUCUUGCGGCUCUUAGCGCGCCAGAAUCACAGUUUGGGUGCGAGUGAGCUCGACGAGUUGAUUGCGAUGACGGACGGGUUUUCGGGCUCGGACAUGACAGCAUUGGCACGCGACGGUGCAAUGGGACCGUUGCGUGCGCUUGGGGACAAGUUGUUGAGUACGCCGCGCGACCUGAUCCGGCCCAUGCUGUUGGAAGAUUUCCGGUUGAGUUUGCGGUUUAUCCGUCCGAGUGUGGGAAAGGAGGGGUUGAAAGAGUAUGAGGAGUGGGCGGAGAAGUUUGGGAGUAGCGGGGUGUAGCCUGUACCGGCUGCCGGAGGUUGUUCAAGUAGUGUCACCAGCUACGUAGCGGUCGCGCGGUAGCGUCAUUGCGAUAGCUGUUGGUAUGACUUGGUGAUUACUUGGAUGAUGUGCUGGCUGAAGGCGUUGGGAUAUGCCUUUACCAAGCAAGGGCGCGCUCAAAUAUGCUUUCUCCGUUGCAAUACACGACUCUAAAAGUAUCACUCCUUCGUCCCUGCUUGCUCAUACUAUCUCUAACCGACCAGCAAUUCUGUACAUGUGUGCAUCCAUAAUGCUAGGUCUGGUUGUAGGUGGGAGACCCAUGUGAUGGGCAGCUGCCGUGGAAGGCCAGUAGACAACCCAGUUUACUAUAAAUACGGUAAAUGCAAUUACUGAGUAUUACUGACAUUGCUGUGUGCGUUGUAGAAUGUGGUUUCAGAAAGAUCCACAUUGGAAU